AUGUCUCAGCUGAGGGAAGUUCUAUCCAAGAUCGGGAAUAACUGUAUGAACACCCAGGACGACAGUCCUCUUGAUUCCACUGCGGAGACCUUGCGCCACUUGGUUGGCUCUAGCCGGGGGCUACUGCCGAACAAGGAACCCAACGGUUCUCCUGGCGAAGUUCCCAGAGGGCAGGUCAUAGCGCUCAAGGACAGAUCGCCACGCGGUUACUACCGUCAACAUACUCUGUUUCGAUUCUUCGAUGAAAUACCCCAGCUCUUUCCAUUCAUUAAAGAGACCACUGAUGAGUGGCUGAAACCUCGUGGUAUUACUCUGAGAAAAGAAAAGUCAGCCAUUGCCGUUACUAUUGCGCCAAAUCCACAACAUAAUGCUCUUGAGGAUCUCCUUCCUCCAAAGGAGCAUACAGAUGCCUUGAUCUCGUUUUAUAUCGACCACGUCGAGAAAAUACAUCGCGUCGUACACAUUCCUUCUUUCAAGAGGGAAUAUUCCUCGUGCUGGAUACCGAAUCAGCCCCGUCAUCCUGCUAUGACAGCUCUGAUACUAGCCAUGAUCUCAAUAUCAACGCCCAUCUCUACUGAAGACUCAACAUCUAACUAUCGGAGCAUGCCACCGAAGUGGAUUGCAGCUUGUGACGCGUGGUUGGCGCAACAUGCCACGAAAGGCCGCAAACUUGUCUACUAUCAAGUCGCAUGUCUAGUCUACCUCGCAAAGCGGAUAAAUACGAUACGGAAAAAGAGGUUCUGGAUUGAGACUGGGUCUCUCGUCCAAAACGCAAUGCUAGACGGGCUACAUAUGGAGGAGCCAAAUUCGCCCGCCCACAGCCCCUACGUCAAAGAGACCAAGAGACGCAUCUGGGCCGUGGUGCGAGAACUCGACCUCCAGAACUCUUUCGAGUAUGAGCUUCCCACGCUCCUGCACAACCUCCAAUGCAGCAUUACUGACCCUGCCAAUGUUGAUGACGAGGAGAUGGAAAAUUCAACUCCAAGGCCCAAGACCUUGGACCACAUGACAGACAUAUCCUACCAGGCUCUGAGUUCCCGCAGCUGGAAAUUGCGGCUGGAGAUAUCUAAACGCUUGUUCAGCACCGGCACAGCGAAGGCGCUUCCCUACGACGAAGUCUUGCAGUAUACCCACCGACUCACCCAAGCUCUUGACUCGCUUCCCCUCUGGUGCAAGAAGAUCUCGAUGGAUGGGUCUGGUGCGGCAGACUCGCUCCUUAUCUCUGCUUUACUACAAUUUCAGCUCAAAGAGUGCAUCCUAGCCAUCCAUCGACCGUACCUCCAGGGCGGUAAUAGCCAUUCCUCACUAUCCGAGAUGAUUUGUUACCAUGCAGCCCGAGACGUGCUUCUCAUGAAUCGAGAAUUAGGCAAACAUGGAAUGCAAAAUCUUCUGUUUUUCAGAGAAGAUCUCUUGGUUGCUUCCCUCAGCCUCACUCGCCUCAGCUUGAACCAACCCAGAGGCUCUACAGCUGUCAUUACCGCAGACCUCGAGUCUACGAUUGCCCUACUCCAGCAAUGUUACCCCUUCGCAGAGGACAGACUCAGCGAAAAGAAUGAUAUUUUCCAGACGAAGUCGGUAGACAGUGCAGAACAUUCGCAAUUACCCCAACAGAUGGACGACUAUACCAAUUUUGACAUGGACUGGACGAACAUCGAUAUUGACUGGCAAUCAGGGGCCGUGUGGGAUAUGGAAUUGCCCUGGGGCUCACCGUGA